AAGUCAUUCCCAUUCUCUCUCUGUCACGCAGUUUCAGAGAAACGAAACUUAACUCUGUCUCUGUCAGUGUGAGCAGUAAAAUGGCUGAAGGUGGAGGUUUACUGGAUCAGGACCAGUUCAGCUGUGCGAUCUGUCUGGAUCUGUUGAAGGAUCCGGUUACUAUUCCCUGUGGACACAGUUUCUGUAUGGGCUGUAUUAAGGGCUGCUGGGAUCAGGAUGAUCAUACUGGUGUCUACAGUUGUCCCCAGUGCAGAGAGACCUUCACCCCAAGGCCUGAUUUAAGAAAAAACAUUAUGUUUGCCGAAGUGGUGGAGAAACUGAAGAAGACAGGACUCCAAGCUGCUCCUCCUGCUCACUGUUACGCUGGACCUGGAGACGUGGUGUGUGAUGCCUGCACUGGGAGAAAGCGCAAAGCCGUCAAGUCCUGUCUUGCUUGUCUGGCCUCUUACUGUGAAACUCACCUCCAGCCUCACUAUGAAUCUCCUACCUUUAAGAAGCACAAACUGGUCAAAGCCACUGGAAACCUGCAGGAGAAGAUCUGCUCUCAUCAUGACAAACUGCUGGAGGUUUACUGUCGUACUGAUCAGCAGUGUAUCUGUUAUCAGUGUGUGAUGGAUGAACACAGAGGCCAUGAUACAGUCUCAGCUGCAGCAGAAAGAACUGAGAAACAGAAAAAGCUGGGGGCAACACAGAAUAAAUUCCAGAAGAGAAUCCAGGAGAGAGAGAAGGAGCUGCAGGAUCUGAGACAGGCUGUGCAGUCACUCAAGCGCUCUGCACAGGCAGCAGUGGAGGACAGUGAGAGGAUCUUUACUGAGCUGAUCCGCUCCAUUGAGAGAAGGCGCUCUGAGGUGAAAGAGCUGAUCAGAGAUCAGGAGAAAGCUGAAGUGAGUCGGGCUGAAGGACUCCUGGAGCGACUGGAGCAGGAGAUUGCUGAGCUGAGGAGGAGAGAUGCUGAGCUGGAGCAGCUUUCACACACAGAGGAUCACAUCCAGUUCCUCCAGAGCUGUCAGUCUCUCUGUGCCCCUGUUGGACCUGAAGACUUACCCAGCAUCGCUGUCAGUCCACAUGUCUCUUUUGAGGUUGUGAGGAAAUCUGUCUCUGAACUGAAAGAGAGACUGGAGGAUGUUUUCACGAUGGAGUUGAUCAAAGUACCUGGAAAAGUGAAAGAAGUCAAUAUUCUAGAGCCCAAGACCAGAGAGGACUUCUUACAAUAUUCCUGUCAGCUCACACUGGACCCCAACACAGCACAUCAACGCCUCCGUCUGUCUGAGGGGAACAGAGAGGUGACCUGUGUGGCAGAGAUCCAGCCAUAUCCUGAUCAUCCAGAGAGAUUUGAGCGCUGGGAGCAAGUGCUGUGCAGAGAGGGUCUGUCUGGACGCUGUUACUGGGAGGCUGAGUGGAGUGGGAAUGCUUCUAUAGCAGUGUCAUAUAAAGAGAUCAGCAGGAAAGGAGAGGGUAUUGACUGCGGUCUGGGAUGUAAUAACAAGUUCUGGAGUUUGCGCCGUUAUGCCUCCGCUUUCACUUUCUGGCACAAUAACAGGAGCACUGAAAUCCCUGUUCCCUCCUCCUCCAGAAUAGGAGUAUACCUGGAUCACAGGGCAGGAACUCUGUUCUUCUACAGCGUCUCUGACACAAUGACCCUCCUGCACAGAGUUCAGACCACAUUCACUCAGCCCCUCUAUCCUGGGUUUUGGACUGAUAUCGGGUCAUCUGUAAAACUGUGUGAUCUGUCUGUCUCUGUCAGUGUGAGCAGUAAAAUGGCUGAAGGUGGAGGUUUACUGGAUCAGGACCAGCUGAGCUGCGCGAUUUGUCUGGAUCUGCUGAAGGAUCCAGUGACUAUUCCCUGUGGACACAGUUACUGUAUGGGCUGUAUUAACGGCUGCUGGGAUCAGGAUGAUCAUACUGGAGUCUACAGCUGUCCCCAGUGCAGACGGACCUUCACUCCAAGGCCUGUUGUGGGCAGAAACAUCAUGCUGGCUGAAGUGGUGGAGAAACUGAAGAAGACAGGACUCCAAGCUGCUCCUCCUGCUCACUGUUACGCUGGACCUGGAGAUGUGGCGUGUGAUGCCUGCACUGGGAGAAAGCGCAAAUCUGUCAAGUCCUGUCUUGCUUGUCUGGCCUCUUACUGUGAAACUCACCUCCAACUUCACUAUGAAUCUCCUGCCUUUAAGAAGCACAAACUGGUCAAAGCCACUGGAAACCUGCAGGAGAAGAUCUGCUCUCAUCAUGACAAACUGCUGGAGGUUUACUGUCGUACUGAUCAGCAGUGUAUCUGUUAUCCGUGUGUGAUGGAUGAACACAAAGGCCAUGAUACAGUCUCAGCGGCAGCAGGAAGGACUGAGAAACAGAAGCAGCUGGGGGCGAAACAAAAUAAAUUCCAGCAGAAAAUCCAGGAGAGAGAGAAGGAGCUGCAGGAUGUGAGACAGGCUGUGCAGUCACUCAAGCGCUCUGCACAGGCAGCAGUGGAGGACAGCGAGAGGAUCUUUACUGAGCUGAUCCGCUCCAUUGAGAGAAGGCGCUCUGAGGUGAAAGUGCUGAUCAGAGAUCAGGAGAAGGCUGAAGUGAGUCAGGCUGAAGGACUCCUGGAGCGACUGGAGCAGGAGAUUGCUGAGCUGAGGAGGAGAGAUGCUGAGCUGGAGCAGUUUUUACGCACAGAGGAUCACAUCCAGUUCCUCCAGAGCUGUCAGUCUCUCUGUGCCCCUGUUGGACCUGAAGACUUACCCAGCAUCACUGUCAGUCCACACGUCUCUUUUGAGGUUGUGAGGAAAUCUGUCUCUGAACUGAAAGAGCGACUGGAGGAUGUUUUCACGAUGGAGUUGAUCAAAGUACCAGGAAAAGCGAAAGAAGUCAAUAUUCUAGAGCACAUGACCAGAGAGGACUUCUUACAAUAUGCCUGUCAGCUCACACUGGACCAAAAUACAGCGUAUAAACGCCUCCGUCUGUCUGAGGGGAACAGAAAGGUGACCUGUGUGGAAAAGAUCCAGUCAUAUCCUGAUCAUCCAGAGAGAUUUGACGGCUGGGCCCAAGUGCUGUGCAGAGAGGGUCUGUCUGGACGCUGUUACUGGGAGGCUGAGUGUAGAGGGGAUGGGGUUUCUAUAGCAGUGUCAUAUAAAGAGAUCGGCAGGAAAGGGCAGGGUGAUGACCGUGUUCUGGGAUGUAAUAACAAGUCCUGGAGUUUGCGCCGUAAUUGCAGUUACGCUUUCAGGCACAAUGCUGAGAGCACUGGAAUCCCUGUUCGCUCCUCCAGAAUAGGAGUGUACCUGGAUCACAGGGCAGGAACUCUGUCCUUCUACAGCGUCUCUGACACAAUGACCCUCCUGCACAGAGUCCAGACCACAUUCACUCAGCCCCUCUAUCCUGGGUUUUGGGUUAAUUUUGUUGGGUCCUCUGUAAAACUAUGUGAUCUGGUAUGAGGCAGGGAGUGAAUGCGAAGAUCAGCUGUAAUUAAAGAGAGGGGAAUGCACAGAAAUGAGACAGAGAGGGAAUUCAGUUAUAUAUUGGGCUCAUUAUACAGCUUCAUAAUCUGAUUUAAUGGGAUUUUGUGAAAUUACUGUUGUGACUCCAUUUUCAUGUUACAGGGAUAGUUGAUAGGGGAUUCUUGACGCCUUUAGACACCUAAUUAACUGCUGUACACACUGUUUGGAGCUAUUUCACAUGUAUUUUCUGCCUUUGAACCAACAGCUCUAAAAUAGGUUUCAUUGCACACACUGUCUGGGCUAAUCAAGAAUCUACACUAAGAGUAAAAUUAUAUUUUUAAAAUUUCACUUGGAAGUUUCACCUGUAAGAGUUUCAAACAUUCAUCAUUUUAGCUCCGAAAACAUGGAAUUACUUCCCUGGGGUCAGUUGAAACGCACAAACAUUUAGGAAAGCUUUUGAUCUCUUAGAAGUGUUUUUUUUU